AUGGAUCUUGGAAUUAUUGCAGAGAAUGAAAAUGUGCAGCUGGAGGACAGGAACAAGGAGAUGCACCAGCUUGGAGACCCACAGGACGAGACGGGGAAGCUGCCUGGAUCCAAGAUGGGCUUCCCAGUCAGGAUGGUCCUCAGUGAAGUGGAAAAGCUGAAGAUUUCCAAAGACCUCGUGGAGCUGCAGAUUGAGACAAACAAAAUGAAGGAGCAUUAUGAGAUGGAGAGCUUUGAACUGAAAAACAAGAUCCAGGCCCUGGAGAGCCGGGUGCAGGAGUUGGAGCUGGGCAGUGCCAGGGUCACGGGGGAGCGAGAUUCCCUGCGGGAGCGCCUGCGGGCCCUGGAGAGCAGCCGGCAGGAGCUGGCAGAGGAGUUCAUCAUCCUGAAGAGCAAUUACCAGGCCCUGGGCAGAGAGCUGGACCAAGAGGUGAUGAGGAAUGAGGAGCUGACCCAGGAGCUGCUCAGCCUGGCCAAAGAGAGCAUCCACACCCCUGGCUUGGCCCAUCAAUCCUCCCUCGAGCUGGGAAGGGGGAGAGCAGCAGGACAUCCCUGCUCUGCUCGGAGGGGGAAGCCCGAGGAUGAAGCUGCCUCUGAACAUGAGCAGCAGGAGCUGGAAGGAAACUUGCUUGGAAACCAGGAUCACAUAAAAGUGGAGCUGGAAAAACUGAAGAAAACCCACGAUGAGCAGCAGCAGAAGCUGGAGGAGCGAGUGCUGGCGUUGGGGCAGGAGCUGCAGGAGGCAAAGGGAGCAGUCGGGGCCGGCCGGCGCAGGCUGGCAGAGCAAUCAGCGGUGCUGCUCACAUCCCAGGGCCAGCUCCAGGAGGUGGAGGCAGAGAACUCCCGGCUGCAGCUCCGGCUGAAGGAGCUGAAUGAGGAAUAUCGCUCCCGGCUGGCACAGUACAUCAGGGACGUGGCGAACUACAUGGACAGCAAACCCAGCAGCGUGACAGGACACAGCAAAGGCCCAGCUGGCCAAGCUGCCAUGAAGAACUUUGUGGACAGCAUGCUCAGAGAUAUCCGGGCUUCCUACAAAUCCCGGGAAGAGCAGCUGGCUCGGGCAGCUCGUGGGUACAAGAAACGCAUGAAGGAUUUGGCCAGGAAGCACGAGAACCUGCUGAUUGCCUAUGGGUGUCCAGAACCAGCAGGUCCCAGUGAGUGGCACAUUCAGGAGCAGCAGAACUGCUCAGUGAUGUCCCCCAAAAGGGCGAGCAGGGACAGAUUCCUGUGCUCAUUCCAGGCUGCAGCGGGAGCAGAUCCGGUCCGUGGGGAGCAGUGCCAUGGACUGUGGCCCUGCCGAGUUCCACUUCUCUAUCACAGAGCCAGAGCUGCUGACAAACAGCUCCCGGGAGCUGAACCGCCUGCGGGAGGAAAAGGCAAAGCUGGAGAUGCAGCUCCAGGAACUGCAGAAGAAAAGCCUGAAAGGAGCCCCUGCCUUUCCAGUGCCUCCAGAGCAGAGGACCUGGAGCAGGAGAGAAGCCAGCUGUUGACUCGGGCUGUGGUGGCAGAGGAGCAGGUGUCGGAGCUGCAGGGGUACAUAGAUCAGCACCUUGCCAGGUACAAGCAGGAGAUCCUCCAGCUGAGGAAUGCUGAGGGCAGCCAGGUGCCCUGUGCCAGGAGUGCCAGCCACCAGCCAUAG